UUCAUGCGCAUCUGUUUCCUCCGAGUAUUGUAUCUUGACUGCCAAAUACAGGACAUACCGCUUCGAUGAUCCCACGAAUACAUACCCUAACCUAACAAGCACCUGGACCCCGGCGCCAUGACCAGCAAAACCAAACAAUUACCGCAGGAGAAGCGGAAGGGCGAGGCUGCCCUCAGCGACUUUGCCGAGUACGUCGAGAAGCAGCAAUCGCUGCGCUAUCCGAGCUCCAAGACCGACGGAGCCUCCACCUCCGCCCCCACCUCCGUCCCCGCCGCCGCCGGAGACAUUCACCACCAUGCCGAACUUGACGACAUCCUCGACAGCCUCGGCCUCUCCGACUCCGGCCCUCGAGUAAGGUUACGUGGCCUACUUCUCUCUACCGACGACGAUUCCCUCAAACAGCUGUCCGACCUCAUCGCUGAGCGCCUUGCCGACAGUCAUGGCGAGACAGUCUUCGAGAUGGGCUUCGAGAACAAUGGAGACAGCAUGAAGCUGUCGCCGGAGGACUGGGAUGCGGCAUACAAGAGGCUGGCAGACGCCGCCAAAAAGACAGGUGCCGAUUGUCAGAUCCUAAUAACCAAGAACGUUGGAGGAGAGUUUGAGGGACAGCCAACCACGAGCAAAGACAAGGACUGCAGCGGAAAAGUCAUGAUACGGCAGGUUCCGGCAACAGUAGAGGAUGUCAUUGAGACGAGAAUAGCAGUUGUAGGAAAUGUCGAUGCUGGCAAGAGUUCGAUGCUCGGCGUCCUGGUCAAAGGCGACCUGGAUGAUGGGCGCGGCAGAGCGCGAGUCAACCUCUUUCGACACAAGCACGAGAUCGAGACCGGUCGGACUUCAUCCGUAGGCAUGGAGAUUAUGGGCUUCGACACUCACGGGCAAGUGGUCACCUCGGACACACCCGGGCGCAAGUUGUCGUGGGAGGAGAUUGGCAAGCGGAGCGCAAAAGUGAUUACCUUCACCGAUCUGGCCGGCCACGAACGGUACCUCCGCACCACCGUCUUCGGACUGCUGUCCAGCAGCCCCAAUUACUGCCUCUUAAUGGUUGCCGCCAACAACGGCCUGAUAGGCAUGAGCAAAGAGCAUCUCGGUAUUGCCGUUGCCCUCAACGUUCCCAUCAUGGUCGUCAUCACGAAGAUCGACAUUUGCCCGCCGCAGAUUCUGGAGCAAACCAUUUCGCAGAUAACCCGCAUCUUGAAGAGCCCCGGAGCCAGGAAGAUCCCCAUCUUCAUCAAGAACCGGGAGGAGUCUGUCAACACGGCGACCCAGUUUGUCAGCCAGCGCAUUUGCCCAAUCUUCCAGGUCUCCAACGUGACUGGCGAGAAUCUCGACCUGGUGCGGACAUUCCUCAACAUCCUACCCCAUCACGGACGCUACGACGCCGACGCUCCGUUCGAGUUCCACAUCAACGACACGUUCAGCGUGCCCUUCGUUGGUACGGUGGUGUCGGGCAUCGUGAAGUCCGGAGUUGUCCACUCCGGAGACAACGUCCUCAUCGGCCCGGACUCUCUGGGGCAGUUCAUGUCGACCUCUAUCAGGACUAUCGAGAGGAAACGGAUAGGCGUCCCGGCUGCCUCUGCCGGACAGUCUGCAUCUUUCGCCCUGAAGAAGAUCCGGCGGAAAGAUGUCCGAAAGGGAAUGGUGGUCCUGCCCAAGUCUGACACCGAGACAGCCCCGAAAGUCUACCGCGAGUUUGUUGCCGAAGUGCUCAUCCUCUCCCACGCCACCACGAUCAAGACCAAGUAUCAGGCCAUGCUCCACGUCGGCCCCGUCUCCCAGACCUGCGCCAUCAUCGACGUGGACCGGCCGUUCAUCCGCACGGGCGACCGCGCCACGGUCGCGUUCCGGUUCGUCCAGCGGCCCGAGUACCUCGCCCCGGGAGACCGCCUGCUCUUCCGCGAGGGCCGCACCAAGGGGCUCGGCAUCGUCAAGAGCGUCGGCUACGACCCCUCCAAGCCCCUGAUGCCGAGGCCGCCAGACACCGUCGGCGACGGCGAGGCCCAGCAGCAGCAGCAGCCUGCUGCCGGUGCCGAGGGCGAGAAUGCUGGCGCCUCGGGGGUCAGGGUCGGGGCGUGAGGGGGUCCGGUUUUGGUUUUAUGCUUUUCUGUCCCGGUUUGCUUUUCCGUUUCAUUGUUGUGUGUGUUUUGAUAUAGGCGUUCCGGUUAUCAUAGGGGUGACUCUAGGGCGAGGGGCAUCAUGUCCAUGCAGCCCCUUCCCUUUUAUUCUGAUACCACCGCCACCCGUUCUUUUUCUUUACCUGUCAGCACACCUG